GGAUUUUGAUUUGUACCUGAAAUGGAGAUCCUUCGAUUUGCCGUUCUCGCCGUUCGAGGUGCUGGGUAGGAGGUCUUUUGAUCCUUUGAUCGUUGUUAGACAAAAGGCUCAGGGGCUCCAGCAUAGAUGGAAUUGAUAGAUAGAUCGAUACUAGGCAAUGGAAUAUGUGCCUGCCUCCCUUAUUUACGAGCAAUACCAUCUUCGGCUUCACAAGAUAUCAACUUCUCGCCCCUCACACCACCCGUCGUGUUUGUUUGUACAAAACUCCAAAAGAAAAGUUCCUCUGCCCCAAUCCUUAAUCGUGCUAUUAUUGGAAGCUGGACCCCCUCGAUUGUUGAUGCGACGUCGAUCAUUCCUGAUCUCCAGGGAAUCUUUGGCUGCUUACAACAUUGAUUUUAUUUCACCCUCAAUCACUGUGAAGGCGCUUGAAUUUAAUAACAUCCAUUCGGAGAGAGAAGAUAGCCUUGGAGGCUUAGCUACAACCAUGUUUCAGGCGAGCUUUUCCAUCACAUCAAUCUUACAUUAAACUUAAGCAUUAAGCUUUAAGCUCGAUUAAUAUUCCUGUCGAGAUCCUCGAACUCGUAUUUGCGCAUGCGAAUCUGCGAGCCAGAUUUACUCUCUUGGAUGCUUUUCUUUUCCGGCAAUUCUAAUUCAGCGCAAAUGAAUUGACGACAAUAGACUUCAAUUCCAAGAAAAAUGUCGCAUAGAAGCGCGUCGAUAAGUUCAAUCCCUUGUGUGGGUUCUGAGGAACAAUUGUCAGAAACAUCCAAGAUGGAGAAGACCGCAUUUGAAAGGCUACCGGAAGAUAUUAUUCUACAGAUCCUUCUUCUGACCAAUGCCAAUACCUUUGCCUCCCUCGUUCUGCUGAAUUCAAGAUGGAGGGGCAUCUCGCAACAAGCCUAUCUUUACUCGCACCAACUCGCCCAAUGCCCUUCCUACUCGGCCACACAUAAAACAAAUCCUGUUUUCGAAGAUAAGGAUAGUCUUCCACGUCUGCGGGGUCUAUUUGCCCAAGAGGUCAGGCGAAAUUUAUUCGAAGCAUACUUACGACCUCAGGAGACGGUCAUCAAUUUAGUGUCGACAUCGAUAGGCUCAUCCAGCGCGCCUGGAGGUGAAGCCUGUCAUUUUUCCAUUUCUCCUCGUGGAAUUCUAGUUCUAGCCUAUAAUUCAUCUCGAAUUCAUAUAAUAGAUGUCACAGCCCCGGAGGUUCACAUCAUACGAGAACUCAAGAUCUUGCGACGACCGGCGGCAACAACAAUCACAGAUGAUGGAUCUCUACUUGCUGUGUUGUCGACCGAUCUUCAGGUCAACCUUUACGACCUAACUGUGCGUCCACCAAAGCAUACGAGGUCUGUAACACUAGAUCAUACGCCAAGGACCAUCGCUCUCUCACCAACUGGACAAGUUCUUGCCGCGGCUUAUGACUCUGGAGUAGAACUGACUUCUCUCCGCGAAAAUGGUACGAGUCGCGCCGUAAAGGCCUAUGGCGUUGACUCUUUGACCUUUUCUCGCGAUUCUGACUUACUUUUGGGCACGACAUUACAGUCUAGAAACCCUAGUACUGUCGUCUUGACAGCGCCUUAUUAUGAUCCCGGGAGCGUCUCUCCUGAAGAUAGCGUAAGUGCUCUUUGGACAACUUCAAUACUCUUCCCCACUGGUAGCCGGGACUGUAGUCAUGCAGUCCUGUUACCCAGUCCUCAUGAUGACGAAGCAAGCUGGACUUUUACAUAUGAUCGAGUUUUUGAAACUUUUCGGGCAGUAAGGAUGGAUGAUUUACGCAAUGGCAAAGUUCAUUUUGUUGGACCCAAUGGGGAACCUCCUGCAUCAAAAGCAGCAGCAAAUAAGUCUGGAGAUCUAGCAGCGGUUGGUUAUAGUCGAGGUAGCGUUUGGCUUUGGGGAAUUCCGGAGAAUUUGGAUCCUACACCUGCCAUUGCGGGCUCGAAUAGUAAUGCAGAAACCGCACCAGGCACACCUCUGAGUCAAAUUGGACGUCGAAACAGUGCUCCAUCUUUACGCUCUGUAAAUAGGUCUUUGGACCACAGCAGUAUUCGCAUUCCACAAUGGCAACUCCUCUGCGAUAAGUCGCGCAAUACAUUCGUUGAAGGCUAUCACAUAACCACUUUAGACGGAGUAAGUGCAUUAAGCUGGGUCCAAGAAGAAUCAAAACAGCUCUACGGUGAAAGACUUGUAGCUGUUGCACCAGGAGUAAAACGCCAAUGCAUCAUAGACGAGGAUGAUAGUAUGAGUCCGGUAGACGGCGGCCGUAUUUGUGUGUUAGAUUUUUCCUGUGGUACGAGCAAUGGCAAGAAAACCACAACAACUAUAGAGGUGGGCCAACGAGAUGAUCCGGAAAUCCUAGAGGAAGAGCACAGGGACAUAGACACAGAGGUGGCUAUUGUUAGAAGAAGAACAGUAGCACAGCGAAGAAGCUACCGUGCUAGUAUUGCUCGUUCAGCUACUACUAUGACGCGCCCGGAACCACCGCCAAUUCCUGCACUGCCUAAUUUGAGCAAUUCAUCUAACAUCCCGCUUCCUCCUUUACCUAGACAAAUAAACAGCCUAGGAAAUACGACUGAUUCAGCAGAGACAGCUUCUAUUGAUGAUGACCAGGAAGCUUUUGAUGAUCCUUAUGCGAAUGCCGCACCUCGCUCAGGCACGACUCUACGCCGCGCUGCAACAGCUGCUGCGGUCAAUAGAAGACUACAUCCUCGCUCUAUGAUACAAGAACAUAUCGAGUACCGCCGUGCAGAUGGUCGGGAGGAGCAUCCACAUGAAAGUGAUGCAGACAAUUGGGAGCCGCCGCCUCCUCCUUAUCAAAAAGACCCGGUCCCUCCACUUCCUGAACACAUUCAGAGAUCUAUACUUGCAGACCAUGCAAGGCUUAUGCAAGCAACGAACAAUCAACGGGCUACAGUCCUUGACUUUCCAGGAUUAGAUGCUCCAGUUCUUCAACGACCUCUUCCUGAAGCUUUACGGGAGCAAAGAUACCCGUUUCGGCGAUCACUUAGCGAUACAACUACUGCACCUUCUAUGACUAGUCCCGUAGAUGACGAAGUGGCUCGACCAGUGACAAGUCCUUCCAUUGCAAACUUUGAUGAACGCCCUACGACCUCUGAUUUUGACAGCCUUUAUGAUGUUUCCCCAAUCGGUACUCCACAACCAAGCCUUACAAGGCCCUUGCCCCAGCAAAUCUCCCAACGUUCUGUAGAACUCAACGAUGAUGAGAAUAGCACGCUCGAUUAUAACCCAAACUUGUCUAUGAGAGCCACGUUACAAUCGCCUGUCUCCCCCAUUCCUCAGCCUAUGAGUGCAACUCUUGACAGGCGCUUGCUAGAUUGGGAAACCACAACAGUUGAUGAUCAAGUCUCUCUUAUGCAAAAUAGCAGACCUACAACCGCUGUAGCCGGAGAACAAGGAGACGACUCUGAUCUUCCACGAAUAAAUUCUACUUUACCGACAGUACCAGCACAGGGGUCACCCGAUGUACGACCUGUACAGCAGAGCUCAACAUUUCCACGGACGGGUGACACUCCUUCCAGCUCAGCUCUCUCAGAGUCUACUGAUAAACCUAUCCCUAUUUGGAGAAGAGUCAAUUCUGCACCUGUGGAGAUUCCUGUGGGCGGAGUCCCUGGAUUAGUAAUGCCUAGUGCCGAUCUAUUAGCGCGAUUCAAUAGUCGAAGUGGACGUCCAGACACCCUAAAGGAUCCAUCUCGGCGUCGUUCUGGCUCCAACCCUCGAGACUCUGUACCACUGCAAGGUUUUAGCAACCAAUCUCAACAACUUCCUCAUACUGCUCCUGAGCAAUCGAAUCGUCUGUCUACACCACCCCGUGCAGCUGCUGGGACUUAUGUGGCAAGUCCUCCUCGUCCGAAUACAGGCCUUCGUCCUCCUUCUGGUCAUGGCUCUCCUUCUCGACGAACCAGCCUUGGUUCGCAAAGAUAUUCUGCAUCGCCAAACAGCUUACGUCCACCUCUACAACGUCUUGAGACAAUCCACAGCGCAACUUCUACUCGAGUCACCUCACCUUACAACAUACCGCCAAUACCUAUCACCAGACAACCGAGUAGAGCGGAGCGUAGUGCGUCACGAAACGUCAAAAAUGCCAAGAAAAAUGGCUGGAGAAAGAGUAUGAUGGCAAAGAGAACUAAGCACAAAAGUGAUGCGGCAAGUAGUGCAGGUUGGACAGACGUAACAUGGGAUUCGCGACCUGCUACUUCACCAGCGAUUGUAGUAGAAGAUGCAGAAGUGCAGCCGCAGCAGAAAAAGAGUGCGGCAAAAUGCAUAGUUAUGUGAUGAAAUGAUUGAAGAUUAAUAUGAGGCGCGAGUGGAAUCAUAUUUACAUUCUUGAUUGGGGAACCAAGGGGAACUUUUCGGGAUGUGAUGGGAUGGGAGAUAUGCACAAAAGUAUAAUGACAUAAUGACACUGAAUGAUCACUAGGUUUUCUUAAUUAUUUUUCUUUGUGGAUUUUUACAUUAGGUACAUAGAUUUGGAUACGUAGCGAAGAUAGAGCACAUCUGGGAUGUUGAAAGAAUGAAUCAACGUGAUAAUAUACAAAGAUUUUACAAGACAGGA